AUGGAUGUUCACACUUUUUCAAACACCAAUUCCUCCUCGACGGUAUCCACGAAUGAUCAAAAUCUCUACACAUGGUGGUCUUCCUCAACUCAAGCAUGGCUCGGAUUUCUCUCCAUUCCUCUCUUCAUGUGUGUCUUGUGUGUGAGUGGUUUAUUACUCUCAUUAUGUGUUGGAUUUCGAAAUAUGAUUCAAUUUCCAAAACGACAAAAACAACGAAGAAAACUUCAUCGAUUGGCAACCAUUCGACAACAAGUCACAACCUCCACUUCGAGUCAUGUCUCAUCUUCUGAAGUGAAUGAAGUUGAAUUGCAUGGUAUUCCAAACAUAAUGUCGUCGACAUCAACCAUCUCGACAAGAACAGCAACAACAACGAAUGGAAUAUUUCCUCCUGGUGUGUUGGAUGAGAAUGCAUUCGAGGAACCACCAUCGACAUUUAAUAUUCGAAAAAAUCAUGGAAAACAAAUUUUGGAAAAGGUUAAUCAAACGAUUCGAAAGACAGUGGCAUUUGCGAGUGAUUCCAGUACGAGUCAGAAAGAGACAUGGGAUGCUAUUACGUAUGGUGUGAAAUCGAUGGAAAGAAAUUCAGUGAAUCAAAACAAUCAAUCAUCCAAUUCUCAACAAUUACAACAAGAGACAGAACAACAACAUCCAACGACAAGUGUCACUACAAGUAAUAAUUCCAAGAAGGAUGAACAUGGUUUGGAAUAUUCUCAUGAGAGUACGUUACAACAGAGUCCAAGUAUGAAACGAUUAGAGUCCAUGAAUCGUUUAAAGACAGUUCAUGCAGCUCCUUCGAUGGCAUCCAAACCCAUGUUGGUGUUGUAUGCUCCAUUAUUGAUUGUUGUGGCAUUGAUUGGAACAUUUGCAGUAUUGAGUGUGGCUAUUGUGACAGCUGUCACCACCUAUCAAGUGUAUUAUCUGGAACAGAGAUUGAGUUCGUUUUAUUUGGAAUAUUCAUCAAGCAAAACCACCAAUCGAAGUAUGAUUGAACCUUAUGGAACUACACAUUAUGUGGAGAGUUUAAUAUUUCUUUCAGAUAAGAACACUUCGAUUGCACUUUUUGGUUUAUAUUCUUCCAAUGUCACAAUGAGAAUAAUUCUCUUUAAAGAAUACUCUCUGUAUGAAACAUUUGAUAAUACGAGCUCUAUAGAUUACUACUCUUCAGAUGUGAAGGUUAUUAAUGACACGAUGGAAGGAGUGAUCAUGACCAGUUGGAGAUUAUGGGACAAUAGUACCGUGACCACAGGAAAUGGUCGUCAGAAUUUUACUGUAUUGAUUCAAGUUGAAAAUUCUUCACUUCCAUACUCGAUUCGAGUGCAUUCCAUGGUUGAAGAUGAACAGUAUACUCUCUCACGAAAUUUUAUUUCACUUGUUUGGUUGUUGUUUUUGGAAUUUUUAGUGUGUUUAAUUGCUGGAAAUCAAAUUUAUUUAUCCAUGAUUUCAUAUGAUCCAACGAAUCGAGAACACUUUUUGGAUGAAUGGGUGGCAUUGUUUCAAUGUUUUUCGAAAAAGAAUUCAGCAUUGACAAAUGAAAAGGACGUGACGAUUGAAUUCAAAGAUUUGAGUUUUACAAGUUUUGAAGGUCAGAAAAUUUUGAAAAACAUUUCAGGAAGAAUUGAAAGUGGAAAAUUGACUGCAGUCAUGGGUUCUACAGGCAGUGGUAAAUCCACAUUCUUGACCGUUCUCUCAAAACGAGCGUAUUACGGCGUGCAAAAAGGAACAGUUACCUUAAAUGGUAAAAUUCUAACAGAAAGUAUGAAGAAAAUUAUUGGAUUUGUUCCACAAGAUGACAUUAUGAUUAGUUCUCUUCAAGUUUGGGAAACUUUAAUGUUUAGCGGUAUUUAUCGAAGUAUGACCAACUUCUUCUAUCCGUUAGUGAAACGUGUGAAAGAAACUGCAGACAUGUUAAAUAUUAAGAAAAAACUAUUUAGUACCAUUGGAGAUGUCAAUAAGAAGGUAUUGAGUGGAGGUGAAAAGAAGAGACUCAAUGUAGGCAUUGAAAUGAUUAAUGAUUCUCCAGUAUUGUUAUUGGAUGAACCAACAAGUGGUUUGGAUUCAAAACAAGCACUUUUAUUAUGUAACAUUUUGGCCAAGAAAAAGCAAGAAGGAACGAACAUUAUUUGUGCCAUUCAUCAACCCUCUGCCGAAAUUUACUCGUUGUUUGAUGAUUUGAUCUUGUUCGAUCAUGGUCGAAUGAUUGCUCAUGGUGAUGCUCAAAAGAUUGCACAAAUUUGUGCACACGAUAUUCUUCAUCUUGACAGGUCGAUGAAACAUGACGUCAACAUGGAAGAUGAUCCUCAUCUCGAACAUGUUGAACACCAUGAACAACAUCAACACGCAGAUUUCAAUAAUCCAGGAGAUCAUGUCAUUGCUGCUCUCGAUAUUAUGAACGAUGAACAACGACAAGUCUUAUCCAAAGUCCCACCCUCUCUCAGUACCUUUCAAUUGAAUCGAGGAAAUUAUCGACAUGGUGAAACAGCCAAUUCCAUCUCUGUACCUACUGUCCCAUUCUAUAUUCAGGCAUUGGCAUUCUUCUCAAGAGGUCUCUUACUUCUCUUUCAUGAAUUUUCAUCCUUUUUCUUGGACGUGCUCAUCAAUGCCAUUAGUGGUCUCUUUAUUGGUGCAGUGUUUACAGGAAACUUGUCGUAUACGGGUCAAAGUGAUCGAUCCAUUGCACAACAAUGUCCACUCAUUCUCUACGAAGAUUGUUCUGCAGCCAAUCAAGAUGAUAUUUCCUCCUUUGUCUGCACGGGUGUUUUUGCCAUUGGUUUAUCUUCCAUUUUGAGUGCAUUGAGUACAUUUGGUAAGGAAAAGGUCGUUUUUCGACGGGAAUCUCAAACAGGUCUGAAUACUCUGGUGUAUUUCAUGGUGAAGGAUGUAUUGGCAUUGAUACCCAUUGCAUUAUCUUCCUUCUUUUAUACGCUCACUUCGUAUUUAUUGAUUCAACCCAAAGCUUCCUUUUCAGAAUAUUAUCAAGUCUAUUUCUUGAUUGCAUUUGCAACGUAUCCACUCGGAUUUAUCAUUUCGAUUUGUUUGCGGAGUGAUUUGGCUCAAAUUGCCAGUGCCAUUGUCCUCUUUGUGUGUUAUCUAUUUUCAGGAUCGUCUCCAAGUGUGUUGGAAAUGAGUGAAAUGCCACUCCCGUAUCCAUUCCUACCACAUUUGAGUUUUUUGAAAUAUGCCAAUGAGAUGUUGUAUUUGAGUGAAAUCAAGUAUUAUACGCUCUAUUCGAAGAGUGUGGAAUCGAAAGGUUAUAUUCAAGAAAUGAUGCAAGUGAAUGGUACCAUGUUGUUGUCCUUUGCCUUGUUGUUCCAUGUGGUGGCUGCGUUGUGUUUGUGGCAAUCGGUUCCUGGAUCGUUUGUAUCGACUUGGUAUAAUCAUGUGAGAAGUAAAUGGACGAAUGUGUCGAGUUGGUGUUGGAUGAUCAUGAAAGAAAGGGGUCGAAAGGGAAACAAGUAA